AUGACCGACCCCUUCUCGGCAGCCACAGGCGUGGCCGGGUUGAUCUCCCUAGCGGGAUUUGUGCUUGGACGGUGCUACCGCUACGGCUGUGGCGUGGCCGACGCCCCCAGCGAAGCAAAGAGACUCGUGUCCGAGGUGACCGGCCUCAGCGGCAUCUUGGUGGGUGUGCAAGGACUGAUCAAACAGAGCGAUCAAGCUGGAAAAGCAUUGGAGACGGUCUGUGCCGACUGCAAAGCCUCACUCGAGACAUUGGCUCUUAGGCUGCAAAAGCACUCGCCCGGAGCGAGCAAGUCGACACGCAAGCAAACAGUCAACCGUCUCCUCUGGCCGCUCCGACGGAGUGAGACAGAAGAACUCAUCAACGCCCUUGAGAGGCACAAGGCAUCUCUGUCGCUGGCGUUGGAUUCGUUAUCUGCGGAGGCUCUCACGAAUCAGCGCACGACCCUGGAUACCGUCUCGGACGCAGUGGCGGCAUUGUCAAGCGAUCUCAGGUCGAGCCAGGCCGCAGACGAGCGCCGCAACAUCCUGGAUUGGCUGUCUGACUAUGAGCACGAGGCUCAAUACCGUCGCGGGUUCCAGCUGUACUGCUCGCAGACCUGCAACUGGCUGCUCAACCACCCUGAAUUCCACAAAUGGUGCCAGAUGAGAUCGUCUCUUCUGUGGAUGCAUGGCCAAGCUGGAUCGGGGAAGACAGUGGCCACCAGUUAUCUCAUCCAUCAUUUGGCGAACGCGAACGUGAACGGUCCUCUACUGGCAUACUUCUACUACGAUGCCAGUACCAUCGAAAGUCUGACGCCAGAGACUUUCUUCGGCGCCAUCCUCAAGCAGUUCUGCGCCCAGCUGGCCCAGAUCCCGGAUGGCAUUGUCGACGCAUACCAGCGAGCAGCAAGUCGACUGGGAACUCCGAAGCAACCCAGCCCGAGCGAUCUAAAACGUCUUCUGCAGAUUGUUCUGGACGGCUCACGCGCGGCCGUUAUACUGAUCGACGGAUUGGAUGAAUCGCCCGACUAUCCGCCCGUGUGCGAUUUCCUCACAUCGACCGUCGCAGCCGGCCAAUCUCCCCUCCGCGUCUUCAUCAGCAGCCGGCCCGAAGUCGAUCUGCAGCGCCGUCUCCGGUCUUUUCAACACAUCCCCGUGCCAGAAUAUGCCGUGGAAGAAGAUAUAAGCGUCUACAUCAAAACCAGGAUCCACACCGACCCUAGACUGCGACGCAUGAGCGAGAAGAUGAAGGACUAUGUCGAACAAACGUUGCGACUGGGCUCUCAUGGCAUGUUCCGCUGGGUCCAAUGCCAACUAGACGAGAUUUCCCACCUCCGGACCGACGCGGCCGUCAAACGGGCUCUCCACAAGCUCCCGUCCAGCCUUGAAGGCUCGUAUCUGCGCAUCCUCCAAAAAAUCAACCGAGAAGACAUCAUCUUCGCCCGACGAACGAUGCUAUGGCUAGCAUACGCCUCUCACCCACUCACCCCGACCGAACUGGCAGAAGCCAUUGUUCUCGACCCCGAGUUCGACGACCUGGAUCCCGACGCGCAGCUCAAUGACCCCAACGACAUCCUCGAGAUCUGCGGCAGCCUGAUCACCUUCAGCACGGCGGCCAAAACGGCCCGUAUCGCUCACCACUCGGUACGCGAAUAUCUCACUGAGCGAGUCCACGCUUCAGCGUCAGCAACCGCGUCCACGAACUUGUCGUUAUCAUCAGAAUUCCACAUCCCGCCAACCACCUCGCACCGCACGAUCGCCCAAACAUGUCUCUCGUAUCUCCUCCUACCCGAAUUUUCCGCCGGCCCUCUCCACGAAGCCGACUUCCGCUGGACGCUAUCGCACUACCCGCUCCUGCGCUACGGGGCGCACAAAUGGCCGUUCCACGUACACAUGUCAGGCGCCGAAAGCCAACUAUUGCCCCUGAUCCGCAGACUGAUGACUGCAAGUCCCGGUUUUCUGUUCUGGCUACAACUCGUCCUCUACGAUUCCAACCACGGCUACGUCCCUCCCGGCGCCGACCUCGACCGAGCCCGCCCUCUGUACUAUGCUGCGUCGUACGGGCUGGCGGAAACGGUGCGCAGCCUGGUCGCCGACCCUAGUGUGGACUUGAAUGAACGGGCCGGCCGGUUCGGCGGCACGGCAAUGCAUGCUGCUGUGUGGAGAGAGCGGCCUGAGGCGCUGCGUGUCCUGGUCGAUGCCGGGGCUGAUGCCUCGGUGCGCGAUUUCAAUGGCGCCACGCCCGCAGAGAUGGCGCUGUGGAGUGGUCGGAGGGAGUUGUAUGAUAUUGUCGUCUCGUUGUCGGGAAAGGGUGUCGAAGGAGAAAGAGAAACAGACAGAGACCGGCAAAUAGACAGACAAACAGACGGAGAAACAGACAGAUACAGAGACAGAGAUGCCAGUCUGCAGUCACUGAUUGAGCGCGUGAUGCGUGAUCGUGAAAGAGCGCUCGCUGUGUCGUCGCGGCAGUAG